AAAUCGGAUUGCAGGGGAGACAGAAGAACAGAUCAUGGAAAGAGAUUCCAUCCUCCGCAGAUUGGCAACCUUGGAAAAAGGUGCUCUCAUUUGCAAGCAAUCUAGUUCCCAACCUUGCGUCAAAUGAAAUUGGCAUGUCAGAGCUACCAGUUCCUGGCUCCCAAACGCCGGGAAAAGAGAGCAGGAAUACCCCAGGAAAGCCACCUUCUACUCCCAAGCACUUCCCUGAGUCACUUGCCAAGGAUGGAAGCUUUCCGAAUCCCUUCAGCCACCUAUUGGUUCCAUCUCAGGCAGGAACUCCAGGUCCGAGUAAUGGGAAAUCCCCAGCUUCCGUCCCUCAAAAGGACAGAACACCUUCUCCGAAGCCUUCAAGUACAAAGCCAGGACCCGUAGUGUUCAGUUGGGAAGCCACCAAACUUACCGAUUCAGGAAAUCCCAUUCCAAAACCCAGCCAGGCAUUGUUCGGAUCGACGAGCGGUAAGUCAAGUGGGGAUGCCCCCAAGACGCUAUCUCCUGAACGGCCAAGUGGAGAAAUAGCGGAUACGAAACCACCAUAUAGCGGAUUGUUCACAUCACGGCCGCUGCCAAACACAUCAGCUGGAAAUAAUCCCUUUGCAAGCGCGCUCGGAGAUACAAACAGCCCAAAACCUAGUGCUUCUCUGUUUGGGAAUACAAAAUCUACAACUUCGUUGUUUGCAACAACUCGCGCUCAAGGACUUGGGAGCGCUUCGGCGGCUACAGCAAGCACUCCCACAACUGGAGGCUCGGGUCUUUUCGCUGGAAUUGCUCCAGCUAAGAACGACAAUAGUCUGAGGCGAUUUCCCGACCGAUAAUCAUAGGACCUCGAAAUCUCCCGUUAAAUGGACUCUUGGGGUCACUUUUCAGCCUCUUGUGUUCCCCGAAUUCCAUCCGGAGACUAAAAAUCAUCUUAUUUCUUUCCAACAUAUUUGUGCCAUGGCUGAAUUCGUCGAAUUUUCGUGCGAGGUA